CACUGCUGAAGCGACCAGGGGCGGCUUGGCCUGUCUGUGUUGGAAAGCGGUCCACUUUGGAGAGGGAACCCAUGACCCGACGGUGAGGCCAGAGACACCUGCCUCGCACACCCUCCCCAGAGGCCUGGACCCCUGAGGCCGGUGCCCUUAACCUGGACCUAGAGAUCUCAGCCUUGUUGGACCCAGGCUCACAGGCUGACAUCGGUCCAUGAGCCACCACUUCGAGGAGCAUUGACCUAGAACAGAAAUUUGUAGCUCAUACUGAAAUUCCAACCAUGGGGGCACUACAUUUUAACAAGUCAAAGGGUCUGUUUCAGCAUAUCUAAGGAGCACAGUCUUCCUAGCCUCCCCUCUCAAGUCUAUCUGUCCUUUAUCACAGUUUCUCUCCAAGUCCUGCCCAGCUUGGAAUUCACCAUUUGCUUGCCCUGCUUCAGUCACCUUCUUGCACUGUAGAGGAAUUCAGUACCAUAAACUAACAGCAGGGCUGUGGUGUGAUAUUUGCUUUCCUCCGGUAGUAGCAGCCCAGUCAAAGCCAUGAGUCCUCCUGCUCACCUGCUGGUGGGUAAGGUAGGUGCUGAGAAAUGGCACAAGAACACUCUCACAACAGUGCGAGAGACAAACAAUCUGACGAAGCGCUGCGGGAAGGAAGCACUCGAACUUUGGUGUCCAAUCCCACCUCCCGGCCAGGCUGAAGAGACACCAUAUGAACGCAAGGUUAGGAAAGAUGCCUGGAAGUUCAAGUUAGAUGUCCUGGCAACUGGAGAGGUGAAGACGAAACCCCCCGAAGGGCCAGGAGUGACCCUGUGGAAAAGCAAAGUUAAACCUCCCCCUUGGAUCUCCAAAAUAGCCUUGCCCUGCUGCCGAGACUUCAGCACCAUGAAGAACAAUGAAUUUGUGGCCCAAUAUGUCAGGGACACACGGCUGGUGGUGAGCCGUCUGCGUCAGGCCCUCAUUGAGAUCAAUGAGCAAUUCAAAGCGCUGGUGCGUCUAAGAGAGCAGCUUGACCAAAUGCUGGAUAAAGUUCGUCAGAGCCUUGUCACCAACAAACAAAGCCAAGCAAUCCGGGAACACCGGCCGGAACCAGAGAAGAUACUUGACAAGGUGGAUGGCUUGAUGAAAUGGGAGAAGGUGGAGUUCCGGAAAUUGAAAGCCAAGCUGGAAGGAACGAUGGCAAUGUUGGGAGAUCAUCUUAAGGUACUGGGCACAUGCAGGCAAACCCUGAACACCCUGUGUAGUGAACGUGGUCGUGUGCUGGACCUCAUUCCACAGCCUUUGCGCAUGGUCAUCUUAGGGGCAGGGCGAGACUCCUGGCUUUCACUGAGCCGACCUUCCUCCCCUUGGGUGGAGCGAAACGAGACACCCAUUCCUGAUCCUGUUGGACCCUUCACUCCGGAGUGUGCAGCAGUUCUAGAAGAUGCCCGGCGCCUCACCUUCCUCACUAAGAAUGUGUUACUUCAAGUGCAAAAGGCCAUCAGCGAGGCACAAGACAUCCGAAAUACAGUUCACAAUAUCAUUGAAAACAGCUUGCAAGGCAAGAGAGAUGAGACACUCCAUCAUAAGGAACGGCUGGACAUGACUCUGGGAGGCACACGCAGUACUCUGCAUCGCUGCCAACGUUUUCAGCAUGAGAUGCGUAUCACGCGGGGAAUGGCUUUGGGCCCUGCAAGUAGCAAGUACCUGGAGACACGGGAGAGGUUGACACGACCAGUUGUGCAGGUGUUCCAAAGACAUGUGGGGACACAACUGCCUGAAGCUGCAAUCCUCAACCAGUCCACUGCACAGUUAGAUCGUUCCAUAGCAGAUACAGGUGAUAAUAUUUCACACCUAAAAGCCACCCAGCGUUACCUGCGUGAGUGCAUUCAUGACAAGCAGACGGGCUAUGACAUUGAUGGCAGUAUCAAGCGACUGCGGCAGCGCCGCAUGCAUCCUCACACCACCAUGAAAGAGACUUUAGAACUGGUCUACACCUAGCAUGGCAAAUGAACAGAGAGAGCAUAAAAAUAAAGAAUUGGACACCAUAGAGUGGCCUGAAAUAAUUUCUUCCUACAAUGAAGUAUGCAAUACUGUGUUUCUAACCAAAGCAUUGUAACUUGUAUGUAGACAUAAGCAUGUCAGCUUUAUGCUAAUCCCAUAAAAAGCAAGUGUCUCACCUUCAUGAUCCUUGUGACAGAAAAUACAAUCCCAAAAGACUGAAGGGGAGGAUCCUUCGUGAAUUGCUAGAAGUGUUAUUGU